AUGGCCUCUGGACGGGAUGGAUCCAACAGCACCAGCAAUCUGACCAACCAGUUCGUGCAGCCGGCGUGGCGCGUCGCGCUGUGGUCGGUGGCUUACAGCACGGUGCUGGCGGUGGCGGUUUUCGGAAACUUGAUCGUGAUUUGGAUUAUUCUGGCGCACAAGCGGAUGAGAACAGUCACCAACUAUUUCCUGCUCAACUUGGCUUUCUCCGAUGUCUCGAUGGCUGCGUUCAACACGCUCAUCAACUUCAUCUAUGCCUCGCACGGAGAGUGGUACUUUGGAGAGGUGUACUGCAGGUUUCACAACUUCUUCCCUGUCGCUGCUGUGUUCGCCAGCAUCUACUCCAUGACCGCCAUAUCCAUCGACAGAUACAUGGCCAUCAUCCAUCCUCUAAAGCACCGUCUGUCGGCGAAAGCCACUCUGGGAGUUAUCGUGUGUAUCUGGAGUCUGGCCGUGGUCCUGGCCUUCCCUCUCUGCUACUUCUCCACCACCCGAGCUCUGCCCCGCAGGACCCUCUGCUACGUGGACUGGCCCCGCAUGGCCAACGACCCCUUCAUGUAUCAUAUCAUAGUGACAGUUCUGGUCUACUUGCUGCCUUUAGUGGUGAUGGGCAUCACUUACACCAUCGUGGGGGUGACUCUGUGGGGAGGGGAGAUCCCAGGAGACUCAUCUGAUAACUAUCAUGGACAGCUCAGAGCCAAACGCAAGGUGGUGAAGAUGAUGAUCAUCGUAGUGGUGACCUUUGCCCUCUGCUGGCUGCCCUAUCACGUCUACUUCAUUGUGACUGGUCUCAACAAGCGUCUGAGCAGGUGGAAGUACAUCCAGCAGGUAUAUCUGUCAGUGCUGUGGCUGGCAAUGAGCUCCACCAUGUACAACCCCAUCAUCUACUGCUGCCUCAACAGCAGGUUCCGGGCCGGCUUCAAGCGGGCUUUCCGCUGGUGUCCCUUCAUCCAGGUGUCGAGCUACGAUGAGCUGGAGCUCCGAAACACAAGACUUCGACCAGGCAACCAGAGCAGCAUGUGCACCCUCUCUCGGGUCGACACCAGCAUCCUCAGCAAAGAGAAGAGCACCUGUUCUCGUGGACCCAGGACAAGAUUCAACUCUGAGCCCAAUAAUAAAGACAGUGGACACAAUCCAGCUCACUAGGUUUAUAUUACUUAUUAUUUAGAGCCAAUAAAUGCUUGGACUGUUUUUUUUCUUAAUGGGUGUGGUGAAAUCUGGUCAUGGUGUUAAUUUUACACUGCACCAAUGGUUUUCAAACUGUUAGGUGCACCUCCCAAUUAUUUGGCUGGUUGAUCAGCAGCUGUAGCAGUCAAGGAGGCAGUUAAUGUGCUUUAACCAAAUCUCAACACACCGAUAUGACACACAUUUUUUAACUCUUUAUCAGGCAAAGAACUAUAUUUGGUAACUUCAGGUAAUAUUUCGAGAAAAAAGUUGCAAAUUGACUAGAUUAAAGUGGCAAAUCUGCAAGAAAAAAACGCGCAGAUUUAAGAGAUUUAAAGUGGCAAAUCUGCAUGAAAAAUGUUGCAGAUUUACCACUUUAACCCUUAAUAGGACACUUUUAACACAAAUAACACAAAUACUUGCAAAAUUCAACCCUAGAAAAUAUUGGAUAAGAUAUUACAUACUGCCAGUAAAUGUGUAAAAAAAAACAUACGAAAAUAAUAUUUUGAGAAAAAAGUUUACAAGAUUAAAGUGGCAAAUCCAAGAGAAAAAAAUGCUUAUAGAUUUAUGAGAUUUAAAGUGGUGAAUAUGGGAGAAAAAAAGUUUUUUUUCCCCCACUUUUUUCUUGUAAAUCUGCAACUUUUUUCGCAUAGAUUUGCCACUUUAAUCUAGUAAAUUUGCAACGUUUUCUCGAAAUAUUACCUGAAGUUACCAAAUAUAGUUCUUUGCCCGAUAAAGGGUUAAUUCAGCAUAUUUCAGAAUUUCAUCACAAAUAAAAUCCAUAAACCUGCUUAGACAUCCGAGAAAGACUCUCCUUAUAUCUGCAGAACUUGCCUGAGAAUCAACAUGUUUUAAGUUUUAUUCAGUUUCUAAGUAAAAUGGUUAUCACAUUUUCCGUGAUGUACUUCAAUUAAGUAUAUUUGCUGAAGUGCUGUUAUUAAGUGGAAAUAUGUGACUCAGCUUAACUAUUUCAAUUUUGUGCCACUUUAUAAUUCUGCUCAACUUUAUUUCAAGUGUAAAUAUUGUACUUUUUACUUCACAAAAUGUAUUUGAAAGCUUUAGUUACACGCUUUUUUGAAGAAUAUGUGCACUCUGGGUAAGAUAUCUCUCACUAUUUUCUUAAUUUUUGCAAACCAAACAAUAAAUUGAUUAAUGGAGGAAAAAUAAUCAGCCGGUUCAGCCGAUAAUUCAAAAUGAGCUCCAUCUCAACCAAUUAAAUUAUAGUAAAAUCCUAUUUUAACACAAAUGCAUGAGUAAUAAUAAUCUACUGCCGUCAUAUAUAAUAAUAUAACAGUCAUGGGACAUUUUUCAGCAUUGAGUACUUCUACUUUUAAUACUUUAAGUACAUUCACUACCACUGCAUUUGUUUAAUGUCACACUUAGUAUGCUAUAAUGUAACACAGUAAUACGUAUAUGCAUUUGAUCAAAUGCUUUACUCACAGCAGACAUAUAUUUAAUGCCAUCAGUCCAUUACUCAGUGGAUUCCACCAACAAUAGCCGCAGCAUCAGUAUUAAUGCUGCUCCUGCAGCGUUAAUGCCCUUAAAUCUAUUAUAGUGACUCUGAUAUUAAGCGAUCUGGUUGGAUGUAAAUUCCCAAGUGCUUGCUGCUGUAAUUCUUGUUAGUUGGAAACGGAAAGUGCCAAUUUUAGGAAAAAAAACUUGUUUGGGAUUGUUCUUAGAGUUACUGUGUACUGUAAGUAUGUUUUAUUUUUGUAUAUAAUGUGUAUGUACAGUAUGUGGCAUAAUAUUCUCAUGUUUUGGUGCUCAAACACAUGUAUACAGCCUUUAUGGUGAAUUUGUGUUUUACUGUUGUAUUAUGAUGUAGAUUAACUGUGAAGAUGAAAAAUAAGCUGAGCUAACUCCAUUGAACUUGAGAAAAUAUGUUUAAUAAACUAAUGCUCGACCUUAACAGAA